AUGGGCCCGAUUGACGAACCCAGAUUCCCGGAUCACUAUGCCGACCUUGGCCUGACACAGCAGGCAAGCUCCCGCGACAUCAAGCUGGCCUUUAACAAAUUAGCAAGGCUCUACCAUCCCGACAAGCUUGCCCCCGGCCAAUCCAUCGAUGCUAAAGAGUUCCGCAAGGUCCGUGAGGCGUACGAAUGCCUCAUCGACAAGGAACGCCGCGCGGCCUACGACCGGCGCUACUUCGACCUGCAGGACGAGUGGGUCGCGUACCGGCAGCGGCAGGAGGAGCAACGACAGCGCGAGGAAGCCCAGCGAGCCAAGGAGGCGCAACGCGCGGCGCGGGAACGGGCGGAGCGAGAGCGCCGCGCCGCCGAGGCCGAGCGCGCGCGCCGUGCCGAAGAGGAGCGCCGCGCGGCGCAGGACCGGGCGGAGCGCGAGCGGCUGGCGGAGGAGCGCAGCCGCGAAGCCGCCCGCCGCGCCCGCGAGGAGCAGCAGCGCGCCGCUCGCGAGCGGCUCCUGCGUGCGCGAGUGGAGGAGGCCGCCCGCCGCUCAGAGGAGGCCGCGCGUCGCGUCCGCGCCGAGCAGGAAGAGGCGGCCCGCGAGCGGCUCCGGCUCCUCAUCCUCGAGGAGAAGCAGGACGAGGCCCGGCGCAGCUGGGCCAGCAUGCGCGAGGCGGCCGACCAGCGCGCCGAGAAUCGUCACCGCAAGCAAGAACAGAAAAGUUACGUCGUCGGCGGCGGCUCUGGCAGGUGCGCUCACCCCUACUACGGCUGGUCGCGAGGCGCAGGCCGCGCGGUAUGCAUAUUCUGCGGGACCACGUGCUGGAACUGGUCUUUUCGGUGCCCCAAGUGCGGCCUCGCGGCGUGCUGGGCCUGCAAGACGAAGAGAUCUAUACUCUAA